AUGCCGGCCCCACCCCCACCGCGGCUGGGACCACAAGUCCCGGCGGGCGCCGCAGCCUGCCUGCGCCCUCCAGACACGCUAGGGCGUCAGGGGCCGAGCCCGGUUGUUGUUGUUGAUGAUGUCGAUGAUACUGCUGUUGUCACUGAUCUUCACCUACCUGCGGAUGAAUACCAAACACAAUUGUUGGAAUGGGCAGAGAUGAGAAGGGGUUCCCUGAAAUUGUGCUGUGUGAGGCUGAGUAUUGGUACAGAAUUAGGCUACAUUGUCAAGGUCUUCAAAAUUUUACAGUGGGAGUUCAUCAAGGAGUUGGUACUGAAUACGGUGUGUGAUCUCUCCACACUGGCCAGUUUUGUAUCUUUCAUCAGCAAGAUGAGUAAUCUUCACAAAAUCUUGCUCCCAACCCAUGCUAGGACCAGAAGUAUGUCCGAAAGAUCUCUGUUCUCCAGACUCAACUGUCUCAAGCAUGUCACCAUAGAUGAUGUCUAGUUCCUCAGUGACCACAUGAAACAGUUGCUUAGGUGUCUGAAGACCCCGUUGGAGUCCUUGUCCAUCUCUUUCUGCAAUUUCUCAAAGUCGGACUUGGAGUCCUUUGCCCAGUGGGGUCACUGCCAGCUUAAACAUCUGUGCCUGAGAGGUGUCAAUUUAAGUGAUUUGAAUUUCAUGCCUCUCAAAGUUUUCUUACAGAGUGUUGGAGACACUCUGCUGACCCUGGAAUUAGAAGAUUGUAGGAUGAAGGACCCUGACCUCAGGGUCCUUCUCCCUGUCCUGAGCCAAUGCUCCCUGCUGACCAGCAUCAAUCUUUAUGACAAUGAAAUUUCCACCAAUGCCCUGAAAGACCUUCUGUACCACACUGCCAACCUAAGCCAGCUGAACGAGGAGCUGUACCCUGCUCCUAAAGAGGUCUAUGAUCACUCUGGUUAUAUCAGGGUAGAGGAAUUCCCCCAAUGUUGUACUGAGCUGAAGAGCACUUUCAUCACCGUAAGGCAGCUCAGGUCAAUCUGCUUAGGUAGCAAUCCCUGUUAUGGCUGUGGUGAGCAUUAUUUCUAUGAACUGAAGACAACACUUUGA